AUGUCCAGACAUUACCAAAUUAGAAAAUUAGAGGAUAUUCCACGUUUUAAAGGAGAUAAAGAUGAACAAAAUAGGACCUUAAAAACAAAAAUGUUUUUUUUAGUAUUGAAUGUGUUCAAGACACAUGAUCAUAGAAGGAUUAAAUUCGAAGUUACAGACUUUACUUCUCACCCACAAGUUUUUGAUGAAACUUGCGAAGUAAGACCUUAUGAUAAAUUAGUUGUUAAAACAAAUAAGAUUUUAAAAAUUUGUCUUUUUAAAGAUAAAUUAAAUUCUAUAUCUCAAUGUUAUGAAGAAAUGCACAAAGGUUGUAAGCUAAACAUAGCUAAUGAAUUGUCGUCAAGGAGUGGAGCAUCAGCUAAUUUAGAUUCAAAAUUGAUAAUUAUGGCAAUGAAUCUCAAAUGGAGAGAGCAUGGUGGUAAAUUGGAACCUUUUAUUUAUGAUCCAGAAAUUAUUAAAUGGGAUCCAACUCAAAUGGAACAAAGAGAGCAACAAGUAGUAACUGAUUUAUAUAAAAAUAUAUUGAAUCAUAGAUAUUUUAUUGAUCAUUUGAGAAAAUCAGAUGUUAUUAGACUUAAGGAGAUAAUUCCAAGUAAUUUUCUUAAACAAUUUUAUCUUGAUAAAGAUAAUUUAAGGAAAGAAAAUAAUUCAAAUAAUGCUCAACAACCAGUUAAUACUGAAAGAAAACGUAAUUCAAAACAAAUGGAACAAUCAACUACUCAAAAUAAACGUCCAAGAAUUAACAAUGUGCUUGCAACAGUUAAAGUUUAG